GACUGAGCGGUUCCUUGGGGGAAGACGUGCCGUUUUGGCGGGGAAUUGUGACGUCCGUGGAGCCCGGGUACCUGCUCCGGCCGCGGCCAGUAGACCGAUUGGCAGGACAGCGGGUGCGAGCGGCUGGGUCUCGGGACCCGGGGGGUACCGCGAGGUGUUCCAGAAGCUGGAGCGUGGGCACUGGAGGGCUGCCUCCACCGCAACGGCGAGACGGAAGUCCCGCGGCGGCCCGAGCCCGGAUUCCGGGCGGUACCGGGUGCUCUGGGAGCGGCGGUGCCCGGGCUUCCGGCUCUGGCAAGCCCGGCCGCCUCGCGCGUAGAGGCGGGUCCUCACCGCGUAAGAAGGGGAGCUGGAUGAGCGCUUGUGUGGCGCGGGGAGACAGAACCACUCUCCGCCCCGAGGCCGCCGACUCCCGGAGGAACGUUCUUUCAUUCCCUUGCUGGACUCAGGGCAUAACUGUUGACCUGACAUCACAGCUCCUGCUUGUCUCGGGCCCGUGGGAACUCAGGCCUUCUGGAUCUCAGUCCGCUGCUGUGUGUGAGAGUAAACACCAAACGGCUCGCUGCUUUUCUCCGUUCUGGGCGUGAUUAGGCGAAAGACGACUUUAGUCCCUUUCUGAUUUUAACGUUGGGUAGGUCUCAUUAGCAUAUGAAGAUGGCUGCACCUAAAACCUCCAUCCCUUCCUUAGCCGAAUGUCAGUGCGGGAUCUGUAUGGAAAUCCUCCUAGAGCCUGUAACCCUACCUUGCAACCACACGCUCUGUAACCCAUGCUUCCAGUCCACUGUUGAAAAGGCCAAUCUAUGCUGUCCCUUCUGUCGUCGCCGGGUCUCUUCGUGGACUCGGUACCAUACCCGAAGAAAUUCUCUGGUCAAUACAGACCUGUGGGAGAUUAUUCAAAAACACUAUGCAAAGGAAUGCAAGCUUAGAAUCUCUGGACAAGAAUCAAAGGAAAUCAUUGAUGAGUGCCAGCCAGUUCGUCGGCUCAGUGAACCUGGGGAGUUGAGGCGAGAAUAUGAAGAGGAGAUAAGCAGGGUGGAGGCUGAGCGACAAGCCAGCAAGGAAGAGGAAAACAAAGCCAGUGAGGAGUACAUCCAGAGAUUGUUGGCUGAGGAGGAGGAGGAGGAGAAAAGACAGAGAGAAAAAAGAAGAAGUGAGAUGGAAGAACAGCUGAGAGGCGAUGAAGAACUGGCUAGGAGCCUGAGCACCAGUAUCAACAGCAACUAUGAGAGAAAUACCUUGGCUUCUCCUUUGAGUUCCAGAAAAUCAGAUCCAGUCACAAACAAGUCCCAGAAGAAAAAUACAAGUAAACAAAAAACCUUUGGAGAUAUUCAAAAAUAUUUGUCACCUAAGUUGAAGCCUGGGACCGCCUUGGCAUGUAAGGCUGAGCUUGAGGAAGACAUCUGCAAGUCUAAGGAAACUGAUAGGAGUGACACGAAGAGCCCUGUGUUGCAAGACACAGAAAUUGAAAAAAAUAUACCAACACUUUCUCCUCAGACCUGCCUGGAAACUCAAGAACAAGGUUCGGAGUCUUCUGCAGGGAUACCCGGGCCACAGUUAUGUGUAGGAGACACUAAAGAGUCCCUUGAGGGAAAAGUUGAAACAGUAUCAACCAGUCCUGAUGAUUUAUGUAUUGUAAAUGAUGAUGGACCUAGAGCCACAGUUUUUUACUCUAAUGAAGCUGCAGUUAACUCUUCUAGUAAAAUAGAAAAUGAAGAAUACUCUGUGACAGGUGUGCCCCAGUUAACUGGGGGCAACAGAGUUCCAACAGAGAGUAGAGUGUAUCACUUACUAGUUGAAGAAGAGAUUUCCGACAGAGAAAACCAGGAAUCUGUAUUUGAAGAAGUCAUGGAUCCAUGUUUUUCUGCAAAAAGAAGGAAAAUAUUCAUCGAAUCCUCCUCAGAUCAAGAAGAAACAGAAGUGAAUUUUACACAAAAACUGAUAGAUUUGGAACAUAUGCUUUUUGAGAGACAUAAGCAAGAAGAGCAGGACAGAUUGUUAGCAUUACAACUUCAGAAAGAGGUAGAUAAAGAGCAAAUGGUGCCAAACCGGCAGAAAGGAUCCCCAGAUCAGUACCAGCUACGCACACCCUCACCCCCAGACAGGCUGCUGAAUAGACAAAGGAAGAAUUCCAAAGAUAGGAACUCCCUACAGCAAACUAAUGCAGAUCACUCAAAAUCUCCGAGGAACACAAAAGGUGACUAUUGGGAGCCCUUUAAAAACACAUGGAAGGAUUCAGUUAAUGGAACAAAGAUGCCAACUUCUACUCAAGAUAAUUGUAAUGUAUCUAAAAGUGCCUAUACCGUACAGCAUAGAAAGUCCCAGAGAAGCAUUGUUCAAAUGUUUCAGAGAUAACCAAGCAAAGCAUGGGGAAAGAGUUCUAUAAUCCAGAAAUGAUGUAUUGCAAAGCUAGCUCUUCUGUCCUAAUAUCCUGAGAUGUCUCACAUUCUGCUCAGCAAGCUUGCUUACUCUCUGAGGUUUGGUUACAAAGGAAGAAUUUACAAAUGUGUUUCUACAAAAGACGGCUAGUAGGAAACAACCUUGGGAAUUGUUUCCAUUGUCAAUAACUGCAGUGUUCUAAGUGUGGCAUCUUUACAGGUAUAAAAACACCUUGGUCAGUACAUCUUCAGGUGCCACUUCCCUUUCCAAAACUUUUAUAGCCUUUUUUUUCCCUCUUUUUUUUUUUAAAUGAAUGGGUAAGGAGUCCACACAGGUAUCUUCCAUAACACUAAUUAGUUCCCUUCAUAGUUUUAAUUCUAAGCAUUUUAGCAUUUCCUUUGAAUUAAAAUAGGUAAGUAUCGGACUGGAGAGAUGGCUCAGCGGUUAAGAGCGCAGACUGCUCUUCUGAAGGUCAGCUGCUCUUCUGAAGGUCGCAAGUUCAAAUCCCAGCAACCACAUGAUGGCUCACAACCAUCCAUAAUGAGAUCUGAUGCCCUCUUCUGGCCUGUCUGAAGACAGCUACAGUGUACUUACAUAUAAUAAAUAAAUCUUUAAAAAAAACAGGUAAGUAUCAACAUCAAUUAGUUACAGAAUAGCUGCUAGAUUGUUUGUUUUUUUUAAAGAUUUAUUAAAAAAAAAAAAGCCGGGUGUGGUGGCGCACGCCUUUAAUCCCAGCACUCGGGAGGCAGAGGCAGGCAGAUUUCUGAGUUCGAGGCCAGCCUGGUCUACAGAGUGAGUUCCAGGACAGCCAGGGCUAUACAGAGAAACCCUGCCUCAAAAAAAAAGAAAAGAAAAGAAAAAAAAAAGAUUUUAUUAUUAUACAUAAGUACACUGUAGCUGACUUCAGACAGACCAGAAGAGGGUAUUAGAUCUCAUUACGAGUGGUUGUGAGCCACCGUGUGGUUGCUGGGAUUUGAACUUAGGACCUUCAGCAGCACUCUUACCUGCUGAGCCAUCUCUACAGCCCCACUGCUAGAUUGUUAAUGCAAGGGUUUAAGAGUGGCAUGGGCUGAGUGGUGGAUUGGUAGGUAGGGAAUCCCUGGAACUGAAUGGGUAAUCAGAAACUGGGUCCAACAUGGACUUCAGGCUUCUUGUAGCAGAACAUUCUCUUUAAUCCCUUUAAGUGGCAGAAAAUAUUUAGAGUUUACAGCUUUUCCCUCCAUGGCAUCUUGGUGUGAGAGGGCGAAUUGGUAUAUUUUUACUGAUCUUGUCUAGAAACAAAUAAAUUAUUGUAAGAAAAUGAUACUACGCUCUGCUGUCGAACACCUGGCUUUACCAUCCUCGCUGCUUACUGGCUCAGACACAUGCUUGUAUGUGCGCACAGAUGGAAAAUGGUGUGGGUUUGUCUUGCAUUACCCUGGGAUCCAGACGAAUCUUGUCAAGUUGAGCUUCUAUCUUUUGUUAAGACAACUUAGCAAGCUGUAGUUUCAGUAGAUUCUCUUCUGGUGUCUUGGCUCCAUUUAUUUCCUGUGAACAUAAUAAACUGUCCUAAUGCAGUGUUUGGCUUUUUCCACAUUUUUGUCAUUUGAAUUUUUUCUUCCGAGUUUUAAAACUUUUUUUAUGUUUAUCUUGGCAAUUUUUUUUUCCUCUAAAAGCAAUUUAACUUAAUGCUUUAGGAAGAUAGUGAUGGGACUUCAAAUUAGAUAUUAUCACAUUCAAUCUUUGUGAAAUAGUUCAUGACCAAAAAGGGACUAAGAAGAACAUUCCUGUAUGGUAUAGUGAGAGUUUAUAUAUUUACCACCAGUUUGUCCGUGGGCAAUCAUCCUGAUUGAAGUUGUUUUCAGGUUUUUAGUUUCUCUGUUAGCUCUCUGUUAUUCUUACUGUUGAUACCUUUGUGUUAGCAUUAGAUUUUUUAAAUUGGUCAUUAGUGAACUGCUUUUUCCUCAUUUUUGUUGGAAAAUAUUAGAGUAUUAAAGCUGUGCAGAUUUGAAAAAAAGAUGCCUGGCAUGAUGGCACAGCCUAAUUCCAGCAUGUCAGAGGCAAGGGCAUCUCAGUUCUUAAAAAAAAAAAUUAAAAGAAUGAUUAAUAAAAA